CAAACGAUCUACAAAAUGAGUAAAAAAAUGUGGAAUAAAAUUUUCAAAUCCAAAUCACAAAAGCAACAACAACAAUUGAAUAAAAUCAAUAAACGUCAUAGUCGUGGAAUAUUCGAGGAGUAUCAACAAUUAAAUGAACUAUUGGUCGGUGAAAAGGUGGAAAAUGGUUGCAAUGAAAAUGCCCCACCAAAUGGAAAUGGAAAUGAAUAUGGAAAUAGAAAUGUUAGUGGAAAUGGAAAUGGCAAAGGCAAUAUAAAUGUUUUUCAACAGCCGCCACAACGAAGUUCUUUCAACUCGUCGUCGCUUAGUGAGGCGCAACAGCAGCAGCAGCAGCAGCAGCAACAACAAACGCAACGGCAACAUCAUCUGUCAACAUUUUCGCGCGUAUGCAACACCUUCUCUCUGAGACGCAACAGCAGCAACAACAACAAUAAUAUUAUAAACAAUAAACAGCCACCCAAUGCCAAGUCAAGCAUCACGGAUUCCGAUAACAACGAGUGUGGUGAUGGCGAGGAUAUUGAUGUCCCACCGCCCGGUCCUUUGACCACGGGAUAUUCUAUACCCAUUUCCGAGGACCCCUUCGAUAGUGCGAAACCAACAGAUCUAACACCAUGUCCCAAUUGUAGUCGUACCUUUAAUUUGAAUGCCUUACGGAAACAUGUGGCCAUUUGUGAGAAGACCUCCAAGAAGCGUAAGCUCUUCGAUUCAUCACGUCAACGUCGGGAGGGUACUUCACUCUCAACCUAUGUGUUGCCCAAGAAUUUUGGUCUGCCCAAUGCAGAGAAAGCGGCAGGUGUACACUCACCGCCACUAUCAAGUCGAGACACUGCCCAACCGGAGGUUUCGACUCCUUUGCCGACACGUCGCAACUCAAAGGCCAAGGCUCAGCGUAAAACUAGCAACAGUGAGGGAGGUGCAGGAGGUGGAGCCUCAUCAUCUGCGGCAGCUCCAGCAUCAUCAUCAUCAGGUGCUCCUGCAGCUCCUGCCCUUGAUCGUCGUGAUCCGAAGCGUUCUUCUGAUCGCCCUAAACGUAGCAUUAAGGACACGGCCAGUGAUCGUUGUCCACACUGUGAUCGUACUUUCAAUCCCAAGGCAUUUGAUCGUCAUGUGGAAUGGUGUAAAGAGAAAGCCGUCCAAGCGGCCAUCAAAGCGGCCAAUAGCACAGAAACAGCCAAGGCCAAGGAACGUCUGGAUGCUCGAAAGCAAUAUAAACCCCCAAAUUUAAAAACGAAACGCUCGAUGAAUCGCGAUAAAUAUUCGCAUCAUGAGGAACUCCUGGAAGCCGGUGAAAUGAUGGCACCCAAGCCAAGUCUUAUGACGUUAUCAUCCAUGACGUCGUCCGUGCACAGUGAAAACGGCGACAAGUACGAUCCUUUUCUAUCGGCUAAACGUCAACUGGAGGAGCUUUGUUCACCCAGUACUCCGCCGGAGGUGACAAAUCUUACACCAUUGGCCACGCCUAGCAUCGCCAUGAGCACCUCAUUGACCAGUGCAGCGAAACCAAUUGCUGCGAGCACACCAAAAGUAACGCCCAUCUCUAAUUUUCGACGCACUUCAUCCUUGCGGGGCACACGACGUGCUCCUCUUCUGUCCAGUCGUCCGCUUUUUGCCACCAACUAUCGUCCGACCAUACAGCGUGGCCUCUCCGAUGAGGGACCCAUUUCGAGUAACUUCCUCAAACCCGAGGAAUUCGAUGAGAUGCCUGUCCGAGCUGCCUGUGGCAAUGAUUUCCAUAGUCCUCGUGUGGUACGACGUGAUACCAGUGCCUCGAAUCGUAAACAGCAAUUGAAAUUGCCUCUAGGUGGAGGAGGAGGAGGAGGAGGAGUGGGAAUAUGCGGAGGUAUUACCCCAACGCCAAGUAAUGGUCCUGGUGAGUCAGAGUCUCCAGCUCCUGUACGUAAUGUGGCCAAGACCGACUCUUUGGCCGUUUUUCUUAAAUACGAGCAUGAUCUGGAGCAGCUAAAUGCCAAGGCAGCCGCCGAAAUGACCAGCAAAGAGCUUAAAGAUAAGAGUAACAAUCUAAGCAAACAGAACUCUGCCAAGAGUCUAUUGCAGCCAGGACAAUUGCCUGUCCUGAGUCCACCAGCAACAGCGGCAACAGCAGCUCCACCCCAAUUUCAAGCCACCAAUUCAAUCUCAGUCAACUCCUCCUCCAGUAACAUCAAAGAGAGCAACGAGAACGUGCCUCGUGCUACUUUUCCAUUGAUCGGUAGUAAACCCAACACAAUCACAGCUCCCACUCCAGUUGCAACAGCUCCCAGCACCAACACGCCCAUAAAAUUGGAGAGCAUCUUCAUUGAUCCCAAACUGAUCAAUGCUUGCGAUAAUCUUCAUUUAGGAGUCGCGAAUCGCGUUCCCUCAGAUACGAGCUCAACUACACCACACAAUCCACUACAGAGUCGUAGUCGUAGUAGCUCCCAGUCGACUAUAACCCAAGAGCAGCGACGGCAUUCGGGAGAGGCGAGAAAUCUCUUCAAGCGUAAAAUGCGUCUGGGUCGAAAUCAAUUCCUCUACGAUGCAUCGCCAGAGGAUGCCUCAUCUGGUUGUUGUUCCGCUGACGAUGAGGCCAAUCGCUCAUCCAUGGAAUACGAUGAACAAUGCUGGCAACAACAGCAGAAACAACUUCUAGCCAAUCCCCAUCUGCCAAUGCCCACCAUUACACCCACGCUGGCACCUUUGGUCAUGCCCAGUCACAAUAAUCUGAUGCCGAGCUUCGAUAAUUUCGAUUUUGAGGAAUUUCUCUCGUCAUUCGAGAAUGAGAAUGAUGAGGAGCAAUUUCCCUUGUUUCGCGAUUGUCGCGAGUUUCUCAUGAAUCGCACAAAACGUUCUAGUUCGAAAACAAAUAAUAAUAUUUUUACUGCCACACCACCACAGACCACGACGACGAUGACGACCAACAAUAAUUUAGUAGCCAACAAUUCGAUCAAAUCCAAUUUUGCCCACAGAUGCGAUUCCAGCGAUGAGAAGCUAAUGCGUCAACAAUCGAAUGUCUCGAGCAUCAGUAGCCAUGAGAAUGAUAAGGAGAAGCGUAUGGCAGAUCAGCAGAAACGUGAAAUAUUCAUCAGCAUUGAAACGGAGGCCAAUGCCCAGGGACGUUCACCCAUUUCCCCAGAUUCACUGCGUCACAUGGUCGGCAAUCCACAGACCAAAAUCGAUGUCCUGCACAUUGACAAUGGCAAUGAGCCGGAACAUGCCAAAUUCAGCAAAAUUAGCGAUACAGAGGAAGCCGAUAGCGACUUACGAUUUGAUGAUAAGGUCAAGCAACAACAAUCUCAAUUGACCUCAUCAUCAAAUCUGUUGGGCGCCAAUGCUACACCCAAUGUACAGCUAAACAAUGCCAAGAAUCUCAUACAGCAAAUGCAAAGUGAAUUCCGGCAACUUGGCGAGGAUGCCAGUGCCUCCAUGCGGCGAGCCAUGCUGCGAACCGAAGAGUCAUCUACCAAAGAAAGGGAACGUGAGGUUGCCCAGCAAAAGCCAGAGCAAAUAGUCACUGCAACAUCCUCACAUUCUGGCGACUCUGAUGAAUUUAGCAGUCUCGAUGGCUAUCCCAUGUCCUCAUCUCAAUCAUCUAGACGUGAAGGAGCUAACUCCAAGUUAAGUUCCGAUUCAGCUUAUGGCAGCAGCAAUUCACCUUAUAGUCUCUCACGUCAACGUUCCAGUGAGCUGGCCGCCAAUUCACCACGUUCCGGUCCUUUAUUGCGUCCACAUACAGCCAAUGCCAAAUUGAUGGAUGCCUCCACCCAAGCACAGACUGCCUAUGGAACCCUCAAAGCACGUCAACGUCUCUUUGCUGGAGGGGCUGCUGGUGAUGGUAAUCCAGAUGGUGCUGAAUCUUCUAGCAGUGCCUCGGAUAAUUCGGUCCACCAUAAGAACAACAAUAAACAGCAGCCACAACAGCAGCAGCAGCAAAUCAGCAAUUACAACUAUCAGCAACAGCAGCAGCAACAAUCACCACACAACAGCAACAACAACAAUUUGUUACCCACACCAACAACAUCACAGCAAUCUUUAGCUAGCUCCAACUCCAGCAUGUCAUCCAGUAUGAAAAUGUCGAAAUUUUGUCAUGAAUGUGGUGGCAAAUUUGUAUUAGAACAUGCCAAAUUCUGUAUGGAAUGCGGUGUGCGAAGAGUUGUGCUCUAACCAACCAACCAACCAAUCAACAUUCUGGUAGUAGCAGUAGCUACUACCUGGGCAGUAGAAUCCGGGUAGAAUCUAGAAUCAUUAUACCAAAUGUAGUUGUUUAACACACAAAAACAGACAAACAAACAAACAAAUCAUCAUGAUAAUUAAUGAA